AUGUCGAACUCCAAACCUCUCAUUCUGGCCCUUGUGGCUGGAAUGCUUCUAACUGGCUGCUCCAACACUCUUCUCACAAAAUGGCAAGACCAGCAGUGUGUCCGGAACUGCGACGACCCAGAUCCCCGAAAGCGCGAACACUUCGAACAGCCCGUCAUUCAAACUCUUCAGAUGUUCAUCGGUGAAAUGGGAUGUUGGCUCGUUAUCGGCUUGUUCAAGUUGUACACUAGAUUCCAACAGAAGCGCAAUGACACAGAAGGAUAUCAGCCUAUCGCCGAUACCGAACCGUUGGAGGAUCCAGCCGAACCCAGUAGUCCUAUAUUAAAGGCUCUAACACCGAAUUCGAGGGAACGUCCGGCGCUGAGCGGAUCGAAGAUAUUGUUGUUGAGUUUGCCGGCUAUCUGUGAUAUUUGUGGAACUACAUUGAUGAAUGUGGGUCUCUUAUUCGUGGCUGCCAGUAUCUAUCAAAUGACCCGAGGCGCACUAGUCCUCUUCGUCGGUCUUUUCAGUGUGAUCUUCCUCAAGCGACAUCUCUACAUCUUCCAUUGGUUGGCUUUGUUCGUCGUCGUCACUGGUGUCGCCGUUGUUGGUCUCGCCGGUGCACUGUUUAAAACGCCACAGCCACAUGAAAUCGUCUCCGAUGAGGCUGAUGCUAAUGUUUUGCGAUCCUUGAUCGGUGUUCUAUUGAUUGCUGGAGCCCAAAUCUUCACAGCCACCCAGUUCGUCUUGGAAGAGCAUAUUCUUGAAAAGUAUGCGAUGGAGCCGCUUCAUGUUGUCGGCUGGGAAGGUAUCUUCGGCUUCGUUGUUACCGCUAUCGGCAUGGUCGUCCUCCACUUCUCUAUCGGUGUUACCGAGGCUGGACGAAGAGGAUACUUUGAUGCUGCUGAGGGAUUGAAGGAGAUGGGAAUCAAGAACGUCUUCGUCAGCAGUGUCUUGAUUAUGAUUUCUAUUGGUGCCUUCAACUUUUUUGGUAUUUCAGUCACAAGAUCUGUCAGCGCUACUUCUCGUUCGACAAUCGACACCUGCAGAACUCUCUUUAUCUGGAUCGUAUCCCUGGGUCUCGGAUGGGAGAAAUUUAUCCCACUCCAGCUCCUUGGCUUCGGUCUUCUUGUCUAUGGAACCUUCUUGUUCAACGAAAUUAUCAACCCACCAAUGAAGGUUUGCCUGCCAAAUCGACCAGAAAACGAGGCAAGAGAAGAGCUUCUUCCGGAAGAACCAAUUGAGCACAUGUAA